AAAACGAGUCAACGCACGUGGGUUAAUACCUGCUCACCAGAAAAAAGAAAAAAAAAAGGAAAAAUUCAACUUUGGACGAACUCGGAUCCAAGUCGAUUCUAAGCUUUCCUAAUCCAACACGGCCAAGUUUCGUCGCGUCUUUAUAUAAAACAAAACAAAACCAAACCUUUUUUCUUCUUCUUCAUAAAAUUUCAAAAACCAAACAAAGAAAAAUCUCUCUCCUCUUCUAAUGAAUUCGAUGUUCAGUCCCUUCGACGCCAUGUCCGCAGAGAUUAUGGGGAAGAAAGUCACCGCUGCGUCUUAUGUCUGCAACCCCUCUGAAAGCAACGCUGCUUCUUCCGGUGGUCAAACCGUGUCUUCUUCGCUGAAGAAAGACGAAAACGCUACCAGUAUGGCGAAGAAGCAACCGAGGUAUGCUCUGGAGCUCGACGGGAUUCAUUGCUUCGAGACCAUUGUUCGUUCUUGAUUCCAGCCAAGAUUACACAUCUUUUUUUUGUUCUAUUCCAUCAUGUAAAUACUCUUUCUGGAAAAAAGAAAAAAUAAAUAAAUUCUUAAUUAGAAUCAUCCUUUUGUGAUUGAU